AUGGUAGGCCUUAAACCCUCAGAUGUUCCUCCUCCUCUGGGAGUAAAGAUGGCCAGCGCUGCAGCAGCCGCUUGUGUGGCCGACAUCGUCACGUUUCCUCUGGACACAGCCAAAGUCAGACUGCAGAUACAAGGAGAGAAGCAAGCAGUGGGAGGUAUACGCUACAGAGGAGUGUUCGGGACCAUCAGCACCAUGGUCCGAACCGAGGGGCCCAAGUCUCUGUACAACGGGCUGGUGGCUGGACUGCAGAGACAAGUGUGCUUCGCCUCCAUCAGGAUCGGCCUCUACGACAGCGUCAAAAACUUCUACAGUGGAGGCAAAGACAUGGUGGGUGUGAACAGUGUGUUGGUACGAAUCCUGGCUGGCUGCACAACAGGUGCCAUGGCAGUGUCCGUUGCUCAGCCCACAGACGUGGUCAAGGUCCGGUUCCAAGCCCAGAUGAACCUGAACGGGUCGGCUCGACGUUACAGCGGCACAAUGCAAGCGUACAGACACAUCUUCCUGAACGAGGGCAUGCGAGGACUCUGGAAAGGAAUGCUGCCCAACAUCACGAGGAACGCACUGGUCAACUGCACAGAGCUGGUGACCUAUGACCUGAUCAAAGAGGCCAUCCUGAGACACAAACUGAUGUCGGACAACCUGCCGUGUCACUUUGUGUCUGCGUUCGGCGCCGGCUUCGUCACCACGGUGGUCGCUUCCCCUGUAGACGUAGUGAAGACGAGAUACAUGAACUCCCCACUGGGCCAGUACAAGAGUGCCAUGAACUGUGCCUGGACCAUGAUGACCAAAGAGGGGCCGACGGCCUUCUACAAAGGAUUUAUGCCCUCGUUUCUGAGGUUGGGAUCGUGGAACGUUGUGAUGUUUGUCUCGUUCGAGCAAAUCAAGAGAGCCAUGAUGAUCACGAAGAAGAGGAUCGAGGCGACAAACUGAGCUCCCCAAGUCAAAGUCCGACUGACGGUUGUGCCGCUGAGCAAACACUGUUAAUCCUUGUUUUAGCCGUUUUCCUUUAACGUAUCCAACAAA